GACAAAACAAGAGUGUCAAGACGCCUGAAGAAACGUGUGUAUUGGAAGAAACCAUAGCAAACUUCAGGGGUUUGAUUAUGGACGUAAAUCUGAGGUGUCGUGAAAACAACUUGGCUCAUCGCACCAAGGAGAUCGAUAGGGAGCGCCUGAUUGUCCGCAGGGGUCAACCGUUCUCCAUAACUGUGCAGUGCUCUGAGACUCUUCCUCCUGACCACCACCUGGAACUGGUUCUGCACAUUGGUCAGAAUGAUGAGGUGGAGAUCAAGGUUCAGAAGGAGCGUGAAGUCGGAGCCGAGUGGUGGUUCAGCCAGCAGGGAGCGCAGGAUGAAAUGCUGCUGACGCUGCACAGUCCACCGGACGCAAUCAUUGGCCAGUACCGUCUGACUAUGUUGAUGAUGUCACCGGACGGACGCACUAUUGACAAGACCGAUAACACAAGGUUUCACCUUCUUUUCAACCCUUGGUGCAAAGAUGACGCGGUCUACCUCCCUGAUGAGAAACUGCUCCAGGAGUACGUUACAACUUGGCUCAUCGCACCAAGGAGAUCGAUAGGGAGCGCCUGAUUGUCCGCAGGGGUCAACCGUUCUCCAUAACUGUGCAGUGCUCUGAGACUCUUCCUCCUAACCACCACCUGGAUCUGGUUCUGCACAUUGGUAAGUACAGCCUCACUGAAGAGACAGUGGGGGGGAUGCUUGAUGGGUUUCUGAUGCUAGUGCCAAGAAAACUAUUCAACAACUGCAGAUAUACAGUACUUAUUCAGUAAGAUUUUAUUAAUUUUGACACAUCUGAUCUUAACGCUGAAUUCAAUUAAAUCCAUCUAAUUGCAGUUUGGCCUCUGGACCAGAGUGUAUGACUCCAUUCCAAGUAAUUUCCACCAUGCCAUAUGUACAGCAGAAAAAUGAGGCUGAUACAGGAAUCCUGCUAAACAUUAAAACACGUUUAACACAUACCGCCUGUAGUGGCUAUUUGUCCAUAAACUUAAACAAAAACAAAUAAUAACAAACUUCUCAAAUGGCCACUCGAGGCUACGUCAUGGUUAGGCUUUACGCAGGUUCAGAGGUACCAAAGCAAAGUAAUGUCCAUAACAAGAUUGAGUUUGAGGCGGUUUAUUCACACACAUAAGCAAGCUCACAGACAUUUCUGCUGCCUCUCUCACGCUGGCUGCCUCUCUCACGCUGGCUGCCUCUCUCACGCUGGCUGCCUCUCUCACGCUGGCUGCCUCUCUCACGCUGGUAAAAAACCAUAUGCCCUCGUGCCUGAAGUACCUCCCACCUUGACCUACUUAUGCAAAUGAACAUAACACCAUGUGACCAAUAAACGACAAUACGAGUAAAGCAUAAAUACAAAAUACACCAAAUUAACUUUAACAGGAAAAGAAAAAGAAAUAAGUAAGGCUAUAAAUUAACUUAAACCCAAAAUAAACAAAAAUAAAAAUAUAGCUCCAACAACCCAGCCCCUAAUUGUAACGGUACUUUACCCACAAUUAACCUUAGCUUUAACACAAAGGAGCUAUUUUCUAAUUGUAGCUUAAGCAUUAAACUGGAAUCUUCACAUCUUCGGAUUCUCCAUAUCUGAAAGAAACAAACAGAUGGAAGACAGAGAUAGGAGAAAGAAUGAGUUGUAUAGUCAAUUAUUAGCCUCCAAGAGAAGACAGAGCUUGGUUAUUGGUCUGUCCAGGACGCUGAUCUUCGUUUGGACCUUCACAGAGCGAACCAGUCCUCGGGAGUCAGCUAUGGCGCUUAGCACUCUGCCCAUCAUCCAUGAGCCUCUUGGAGCUGUGGCAUCAGCGAUUACGACAAUAUCUCCUGGAAUAAAGUUUCUCUUUUGCUUCGUC